UCCACACGCGAUGCUUCCCGCGCCACACACGGCGGAGCGCUCCAGCCACGCGCAGCAGCCCCUCGUCCUCCUGCCAACUUUCAUCUUAUUAACCAUUAAUAUCUCGAGUACAUCUUCUCUCUCUCACCUCGCGGCCACCAUGUCUGACAGACCUCAUCCUCUCCGUCGGGGUCCAGGUUCAGACCGGUUCAGAGCCUCUGUCUCCGCGGCUCUCUGGUCUUACUAAUAUUAUUGAUAUUAUUAACAUUAUUAAUAACCAGUGUUGGAUUGACCUCGCGCGCCAUGGAAACUUCCACGCUGACGGACCUGCUGCUAAAUUCCACCGACCUCAACCGGAUCCUCUGCAGCUUCGGGAUCAGGAACCAGUCCGAGUGUGAAGACCUGGACUCUCCGCCAGAACCCAAAGACAUCAAUGAGGCGGUCCGCAUCGUGCUGUACAGCCUCAUCUUCCUCCUCAGCGUGCUCGGCAACACCCUCAUCAUCGCCGUGCUGGUGCGCAACCGGCGCAUGCGGACGGUCACCAACCUGUUCCUGCUGUCGCUGGCCGUGUCCGACCUGAUGGUUUCUCUGGUCUGCAUCCCCUUCACGCUCAUCCCCAACCUCAUGAGGAACUUCGUGUUCGGCGCUGGCAUGUGCAAGCUGGUUAUGUACUUCAUGGGCGUGUCGGUGAGCGUGUCCACCUUCAACCUGAUGGCCAUCUCCCUGGAGCGCUACAGCGCCAUCUGCAACCCGCUCACCUCGCGCACCUGGCAGACCAAGUCGCACGCCGUCAAAGUCAUCUCGGCCACGUGGGCGGCCUCCCUCAUCCUGAUGCUGCCCUACCCCAUCUCUAGCACCCUGAGGCCCUUCACCCGCAUCAACAACUCCACCGGCCACAUGUGUCGCCUGGUGUGGCCCAACGACGUCAUCCAGCAGUCCUGGUACGUGUCUCUGUUGCUGCUGCUCUUCCUCAUCCCGGGGAUCGUGAUGAUGACGGCGUACGGACUCAUCUCGCUGGAGCUCUACCGCGGCAUCAAGUUCGAGAUGACCAACAGGAAGAGCAGCCGAGAGAGACAGUGCAGCACAGGAAGCAUCAAACCUGGAGACAACGACGGCUGCUACCUCAAUCCCUCCAAGAGGAGGAGCCUGCUGGGAGGGGCGGGCCCAGGCAGCGGGGUCGGAGGCGGAGCCAGCGGCGGAGGCGGAGCCAGCGGCGCGUCCACCAAGGCCAAGCUGGGCCGCGUCUCCGGGAGCAGUUCCACCGCCAACCUGGUGGCCAAGAAGCGCGUGAUCCGCAUGCUGCUGGUCAUCGUGUCGCUCUUCUUCCUGUGCUGGACGCCGGUGUUCGUGGUUAACGCCUGGCAGGCCUUUGACCGCCGCUCCGCCCACCGCCUCACGGGGGCGCCCAUCUCCUUCAUCCACCUGCUGUCCUACGUGUCCGCCUGCGUCAACCCGCUCAUCUACUGCUUCAUGAACAAGCGCUUCCGCCAGGGCGUGCUGUCCACCUUCUCCUGCUGCGCCCGGGGCGCCGGUCGCCACGCCGACGGCGGCGGGAGCACCAGCAGAGGCUCCGCCUUCCGGAGGUCGGCGGGGAGCAAGAAGGGGAGGGGGAGCGGGGGCGGGGGGGCGGCGGCGAACGGCCUCAGCCCCCCCGGCGGCGGCGGCGGCGCCUGCGUGCGCUUCACGUAUGUGCGAGCGCCGGCCGGCGGCGAGCCCGAGGCCUGA